CUCUGUCGACUCCUUCAGAUGCAGGGCUUCUCGCACUCGCUCCUUUGCUUCGCCACUUUUCUAGUUCUCCUUAUUCCAAGGAGUAGCGCCGAUGGUGGAGUCUGGUGCUCCGCCUGUGUGACCGCCUUCCUGUAAUUGGAGAGGAAAGCCAGAGAUCGACCGAGGGCGGCGAGCUCUACGAUUGGAUCGAUGGUGGCCGCGGUCCCGGCAGCCGCCACCACUUCCCCCGCCGCGUCCCGGAACCCUCCCCGCAGUCACAAGAACACUUCGCCCCUUCCGCGUCGCGAUGAUCUCCAGAACCCUCGUCGCUCGCCGCUGAUCCCCUCCGAGAAGAGCAAUGCCGCGGCCGGCGCAAGGCAGCCUCGCACCAAGGAGAUCGGUUCUCGGUACCUCUCAUCUUGUGGUUCCUCCUCGUCCUCUUCCUCCACCUCCUAUUCUACCGCCACUACGUUCUCUUCUUCGAGCGGUUCGUCUAUCUCGCGGCGCUUCCCGUCGCCGAUGGCGGCCCCCCGGCCCUCCACGCCGCCGGUAUUGCCCCAGUCCGCCGCCCAGAAGCGGUCCCACUCCGUCGAUCGGGCUCGGCCUUCCACGCCUCGCGCCGAUCCCCGCCCGGCCCCUGCGGAGCCCUCCCCCGCCGCGCGCGCUCUCUGCUUGACGACCCGGAGCCUCUCCGUCUCGUUCCAGUGCGAGUCCUUCUUCUACCAGACCAGCCGCGCUAAGGCCGCCUCCCGCAGCCCCGCCAGGAAGUCCACUCCCGAGCGGCGGCGAGCUAGUGCCUCUUUUGACUCUCCAUUGAAGGUUGGUGAUCAUUUGGAUAACUCUAAGCCCUUUGAAAACCACCACCGAUGGCCCUCUUCCACAGCCCAGCCGUCAAAUCCGUUGAUGAGGAUCUCGAAUUGCUCUGCUGAGAAGAAAGAACCGAUUUUGGCCACCGUCAGGUUCCAGCAGUCGAUGAUGUUUGAUGAUAGUGCGAGAAGGGCUUCGUUCGAUGGGUGUGACCUAUCAGCUUCAUCCGAUACUGAUAGUGUGUCCUCUGGGAGCAAUUCGGGGGCGCCAGAAUUCAGUAUGCGCCCGCGCGCAAAGGUGACUUCCAGAGGGAUCAGUGUCCCAGCAAGGUUUUGGCAGGAGACGAAUAGCCGGCUGCAUCGUUAUCCCGAAACUUGCUCCCCACUAUCUUCGCCGGAUUCAAGGUCUGUGGUACAGUCGAAGCUGGGUGUGAUAAAGAAGUUGUCAAUGGACAGCCCCUUGUCUUCUCCAAGGUCAGUUUCCUCACCGCUCCGUGGACCCGUGAGACCUUCUUCUCCAAACAAGCUUUCCGCUUCACCAUCAAGGGGUAUGGCAAGCCCUUUGCGGACAAGGAGUAAUGUAUCAAUGAGCAGUUCACUGGUUUGUCAACCAGGCAAUGCACCUUCAAUUAUAAGCUUUGCUGCUGAAGUGCGGAGAGCAAGGAAGGGGGAGAAUCGGAUUGAGGAGGCUCACAUGUUGAGGCUGCUUGAUAACCGGCAUUUACAAUGGCGAUGUGUUAAUGCCAGGUUUGAUGCUGCACUGUUAUUGCGGAAACUAACUGUAGAGAAAAAUCUGACUGAUGCAUGGGUAACUACCAAAGAGUUGCGUGACUCCGUUACCAAUAAAAGGAUCAAGCUACAAACUCUGAAACAAGAUUUAAAGCUAAUUUCCAUUCUUAAGGAGCAAAUGGCCUAUCUAGAGGAGUGGUCUCUUAUGGAGAAAGAUCACUUAAGCUCAUUAUCAGAAGCUAUUAAAGCAUUAAAGGCUAGCACACUUCGUCUUCCCAUAGUUGGUGGAGCCAAGGCUGACCUUCUGGAAGUUAAAGAUGCAAUUAGUUCAGCUCUUGAUAUAAUGCAGGCAAUGGGAUCCUCAAUUUGCUCUCUAUUGUCCAAGGUUGAAGGAAUGAGUAACCUGAUAUCAGAAAUCACUAAAGUGGCUGCACAAGAGCGAGCACUAGUUGACCGAUCCAGAGGUCUCUUGUCCACCGGAGCAGCUUUGAGUAUAAAGCAAUGUAGCCUGCAAGGACAGUUAAUACAACUGAAGAGAAGAGCCAGCCUGAUAUAGAUACAGAGCAGAUGCUCUUACCAACCUUGUGAUCACUAACAUCACAUCAUUCUCUACUUCUUCUGACCGGAGAGUUUGGAGAGAAAUAAAGCAUGAGGGAUUACAUUGCCUACCGACAGAGUGGUUUUCUUCUGCUGCUGCUGCUAAUAAAAGAAAAGCUCAUUGUGUACGUAUGUGAUGCCUUUGUUUCCUUUUGUUGGGAAGAAUAGGAAGCUUCUUCACUCUGCAUCUCAUUUACAUUUAGCUGUGCAUGCUUCAAACUGCUCAUGAGUACAUCACAUAGUCGAUCACAGAAGCUCAGUGCAGCCGACCCAAAUGGUGAUGAUGAAUAUUCAAAUGAAACUAUGCUGUAAUAGUGAUGAUGAAUAUUCAAAUGAAAAAGAAUAUAGGAUGGUUUGGUAAA